UCUCUUAUGACGAAGCUGCAAUUUGUCAUAAUCAAUAUGAAUUGAUAAGAGAAACAAUUUCAACAGCAAAUUUAAGUUAAAAUUUGAAUUUAUAGCCAAAUAGAGACUGAAAAGUGGAGAAAUUUUAUCAAAAAUCAUGGAUUAUAGUUUAGGAGCGCUGAAAUUGCUGUGCAUUCAGCUUAAAAAUGCUCGCCAAGCGCCGUCGCCGAAAGCCUUCACCCUAGGUGGUAUUCUCUUCCAACGCGCAUGGCUACAGGUAUAUAUGAAUGGCGUUUUAGUCUCUACACCGUCGUCCUCCCACUCCGGGGGUGGAGGCUUCCACUUAGACGAUGGUACUGGUGUUAUUGAGCUACUCCUUUCUGGAGACUUGCGUAAUCGCAAUUGGGAAACGGGGAUGUACGUGAUGGUGGUUGGAUUUUAUUCUAUUGCUAAUGAUGGUACCUCCGUGCUCAAGGUAAAAUAUCAAUCCCUUAAAUCCUGGAAUUUCUACAUGAAUAUGCAAAUUUGGUUGUAUAAAUGGUGUAAAGUGAAUAUUUAUGAUGCUUUACAUGAAGUAAAGAAUAGUGUCACGCUUGAGGAUUUGUGAAACCCUUGUUGCUGAACCUUAAACUGUUCCUUUCUUGCCAUUGAAAGAGAAGUGUUGUAAAUUUUUACCCUCUAGGUAUGGAUAGUUUAUAGUUUUACUAUCAUUUUUGAGCCCUCGAAAAAGUAUGAUAAGGAGACACUGAUUAGGGCACAACUGGUGUAGACUGCAAGUUACAUUGUAAGUGAGCCCAGCUCAACAAUAUAUCUUUAGGUCUAACCAUAGAAUGGAUGGAAAGUGACACGGUAAAAGAAUACCACAC